UCAAAUAGUCAAAAUUAAUCAUAAUGGAAAAAUUACUGUUUUGGAUUUAUUCUUUAUCACAAAUUCUUCAAAUAGUUCAUUCACAAAGAAUGGUUUUUAGUUCAAACACAUUUAAAUUGGAUUUCGAUCAAUACGUUGCGCAAUCAACGUUAGUCAACGAGGCAAAUUCUUCAAUUUCUUGUAGAAAUUUUCGUUUACAAAUUCGAAAUAAACCGUAUGUUAUAUGUAUAAACCACUAUAACGUUACUAACACCGGAUUAUUGAGUGAUCAAACUGAAAUAAUUAUGCAGUACUUGAAUUACACGGAAAAUUUUAAAUUCGUCGAUAAUUUAAAUUUAACAAGUGGAUACGUAAUGAAUUAUGAAGGAGAUAGUUACGUUAAAGGAUAUUUAUGUAAGAAUCGCUUUUUUGGAAAAGUUUUUGUGGAUAGUGAAAUUUAUUGUGUGGAGCCAAUUCGAUUUUAUCGCAAAUUUGAGGGCCGUUUCUUAAACGAUUAUGAUGCUGUUGUUUUUUUGGCGCCUGCUUCUAAUAAUGUUACUAGAUACGAAGUUAAUACUGAUAUGACUUCAAAAUUUGGUUAUUUUUCGUUACCUAUGAAUCCGCAUUACGGAAAAUUUUUUCGUGUAACAAGAAAAACUUGUACUUUAGUGGCAGCAAUCGAUAAUUCGUUUGUACAAGUGAUCGGAAAAGGUAUUGUGGAUGUAGCAUUACCAAGAAUGAUUCUAAAUUUAGACGAAGCAAACUCAAUCUUGCGAAGUGCAGAUUUUGACGGCGAUGGUAUUCCAGACGAUAUUGGAGUUGAAUUAAAAACCGUUUUAAUUUUAUCUAGCAAAUCUGCCGGAGUUGGUAGCAUAAUAGAAACUCCGAUAGACCAACAUGUUAAUCCAAAAAUCCUUUUGAAAGCCUUUACAACUUUAGAACCAUUAAAACUUUAUUGUUUGGCGAUUCUUUUUACUGCGCAACCUUUUCAAAAACGAUUCUUAGGCGUUAGCUUCACACCAUCAAAAAGCGUUUUUGAUCGAAGAAAAUUAGCGGGAAUUUGCGCUUCAUACAUCGAUUUAGGAUUUUCAUUAAACACCUUGGCUAUUACGCAUAGAUUAAACGACGGAUCCGUUAUGCCUUCCUCUUUAGCUGAACUAAAUUUAGCUCACGAAUUGGCGCAUGCCUUUGGAAGUGAUCACGACGACGAAGAAUGCGAGCCAGAUCGAAUCAUGCAACCCAAAGCGGGGAUUCCUAGAAAAGCUGAAAAUUUAGAGUUUUCAUCUUGUUCAAAAUUAAGUAUUUCUACCAUUUUAAGAAAACAAGGGCAUUGUUUAAAGGAUAGUUUAAAAUCUUUUUGUGGAAAUGGGAUUGUCGAAGAAGGGGAAGAAUGUGAUUGUGGUUCAACAACUCAUUGUCUGUUAUCCGAUAAAUGUUGCGUUCCACGAAGUCUUCCUAGAAUGUGUAAUGUAAAAGAAUAUAAUGUUCAAUGUCAUCCAUCUCAAGGGAUUUGUUGCGAUGAUAAUUGUAGAUAUCGGGAUCUCAAACGUCUGGGAUUGGAACAGCUGACCGACAUGACAAUGGAGAUAAAUGGAUACAAAAGGGAAAGUGAGGAACUGAAGGGGAAGAUUGUGGAACAGGAGAAACGUAUAGAUAUGCUGGAUAGAGAGGUGAGACGUACAAAUGUGGUAAUAAAGGGAAUUAAAGAAGAGAGAUUUGAAGAUUUCGAAAAGAAAGAGAAUAAGGUGACUAACUUGAUGAGGAAUAUCGGAGAUAUCACAAGUAGAAUAAGAGCAUAUAAAAAGAACAACAAUAGGCCGAUAUUAGUAAAACUUACAAAGGAAGGCAGAAGAAUGAAUAUCCUAAAAAACGCUAAAGGGUUGAAAGGAACGAACAUAUGAAUAGAUGAGGACUACUCUAAGAAAAUUCAGAGAGAGAGAUAUGAUUUGAUGAUUGAACUAAGGAAACUCAGGAGGAAAGGAGUUAAAGCUCAUUUACAAUACAACAAAAUAAAUGUAAAGGAUGCAAACGACGAGGGGAAGAUAGUGGAUGAAAAAGCUGGCAGGAAUAAUAAACGUACAGUUUCGGAAAGAUCACCGGACGAUAUGGAAGAAGAAAAAAAGAAACGCCGUAUAAAUUAAAAACUAAGUGUAAAAAGAAGAGGAGAGUUUACUAAGGAUGAAAAUAGCACGAAUAUGGAUAAACGCAAGGAAAAGCAAGGGGAAAAUAGGAAAGUUAUAAAGAUGAGGAUUACAACUUAACGAAUUAGGAAAGUGAAAUAAUGGAGGAGAUGGAGAGGUUUGGGAUAGAAAUAAUGGGAAUUACUGAAGUGAAAAAGAAGGGAAGGGGAAGCAUACAAUUAUCAAACAAUUAUAAUCUAUACUAUACUAUAAGAGUGAAUAAGUGUGCACCAGUAAAUUUAAGAAUUCUGGAAUUGUGAAUUGAUCUAAACGGAAAGGAACAGAAACUGGAAUGCGAGAAUAGUUAAUGAUAUACACAAGGGGAGAGGCAGUAUACGAGAAUAUGGAGAUCGGGGAGAGGCAGUGAAUGAAUAGAAAUGGGUAAAGAAUGCUGGAAUUUUAUCAAAUAAACGACUUAUUGAUCGGAAACAUUAUGUGGAGUCAGAGGAGGCAAGAUGAAUAUACGUUCGUGGCGAAAGAAAGGAACGUUAAGAGUAUUACUGAUUACAUCACAUACACCCGGAAUCUCCAAAACAAAGUCGAGGAGAUAAAGACUGAAGCAGAUGCAGAAAUUGGAACCAACCACAGACUAGUCAUGGCAACUAUUAACCCUUUGAAGUCUAUCGGGACAUAUGUGUCCCACGUACGUUUUCUGAUGCCUAUUGGGAUAAAUCCGUCCCGUUUUUACAGUAUAUAUAAAUAUGUCAGUUCUACACUGUACACCAUUCAAAACUUUAUUUACAAAUGCACACAUAACCUCUCAGUUUCCAAUUGAAAUCAUUCCAGACUACACGUGCUUUAUUAUAAACUGGAUUACCAAGUGUAAGUAUAAGUGUGCCAGUGCGUAAACUUUGUUGAAACGACUUUCUAAGGUUAGUAAUAAGCAUUGUACCUAGUUCCAACCAUAGUGUACUCAUAAAACGCGGCGAUUUUUAGUGCUUUGUACCUAUAAAACAAUGAGCCGUCGACCACUCACCGACAGGGAACUCGAAAAAGACUCACAGGAUAUGUUUAUGAUCUAAAUAUUUAUGCUGGUAAAGAAAUGGAUGUCUAUGAAGGGACACUUGGCGAAAGAGUUGUUCUCAAAUUGUCAGGCACAAUCAAAUGCACAAAUGUAGUAUUGACAUUUGAUAGAUUCUUCUCUUCCGUUCGCUUACUUGACACUUUCCUGCUGUUGGUAAUCUGAUGCGAAAUCGUAAAAAUGUUCCUGAAUUUUCUGGAAAACUAGAACGAGGAGAAAGUCAAUUUCAGUUCGCAAAUGGCACAAUUGUCUGCAGAUGGCAAGACACGAAAGAUGUACUAGCAAUUAGUAAUUGCUUCACUGAUGAAACUACAGUUAUACAGCGAACUAUGAAAGAUGGAACGAAGAAAGAAUUCUAGUGUCCAACAAUGCUGAAGUUUUACAAUGAACACAUGGGAGGAUUUUGAUCGGAGAUCCAAUAAGUGGCGGAAAAAAGUUUUUUUCAAACUACUCAUGAUGGCUGCAAGGAAUGCAGCACAAAACCAUCAUUCCUACCAUACCUAAUUACCAUAGCGGAAGAUUUGAUUGCGUUAAGCAGAAAUGGUGCAAAUGUAAAAAGAAGAUCUGCAAAAUCAUUGGGCCGACAUCGUAAAAAGAAACCUACACUCCGAAACGUGGGAGAUUAUUUACCCAUUGAGGGUUCUACCAGACGUCGUUGUUCGGGAUGCACACAACAGCAAAGGGAAACCAGAACCAAAACUCUGUGUCAAAUGUGUAACAUACCAUUAUGCAAAACAUCCUUCAUUCCGUACCAACUGCAAUAAUGCGAAUUACGUGUUUCUCUAUACAGCGUGUCCCGUAUCUUCCGCAUCAGAGCAUUAU